AUGGCUACAUCAGUUCAAAAACCGCGACAACGGAGACAACUAAAAAUUCGAUCGUUUCGAGCCUGCUUGACGUGUCAUACAAGAAAGGUUCGAUGUGAUGCUCUGAGCAAAGGGAUUCCCUGCACCAAUUGCGCUGCAUUUAAUGUCAAGUGUCAGGUUCCAGGCAUAGAGGAACCUCUGGUGAGCAUUCUGACCAGCCGCGGGAAAAGAGGAGACACGAGAGUACAGAGAGAUUUCUCAAUCGACCGUACCAGCGCGCCGGCGUCAAGUACUCAGGCGUACCAACCAAGUUCCCAGCAAGAUGGAGUUAUAUCACCGACCAAGUUCAAUGUUCUGCCUAUCACAUCGGCAGGCCAUGUGAUUUAUGUUGGCGAAUCUGCAGGCUUUGACCUUCUCCUUCGCGGAAGCCAAAGCCCCGUACAUUUCCCCAUGCCUCACGAUACACUUGCGCUGUCAAUACCAGGUGGAUUAGAACCUCUCGAGAUGCGGAUCCUGCAACGAAGAGGAGCCUUUGUGCUACCUCCGAAACGACUUUGCGACGACUUGAUAGAGACCUACUUUUCAUGGGUUCACCCGAUUGUACCUGUCAUCAACCGUACAAAAUUCAUGUCACAAUACCGAGAUCCCACAAAUCCUCCCUCAAUGCUCCUCCUUCAGUGUGUCUUACUGGCCGGCGCCCGAAUUAGCACAAACUCAGAAUUGAAAGUUGAUGGAUCAACUUCAACUGCCGUCGCAACAUUUUAUCGACGCGCAAAAGCCCUUUACGAUGCUGACUACGAGCGCGAUCGAAUAACUUUGGUUCAAUCAAUGCUCUUAAUGGGUUGGUACUGGGCUGGCCCCGAUGACAUAUCCAAGAACAUGUUUUAUUGGAGUCAAUCCGCAAUCGCUGUGGCUCAAAACUUCGGUCUCCAUCGCAACAUGGAAAAUUCGGGUCUGUCAAUAAGCGAAAAGAGGCUUCGUAGGCGAAUAUGGUGGACGCUAUUUACUCGAGAUCGCGCUUUGGCUGUUGGCCUGGGACAAUCAGUAUCCAUCAAUCUCGAUGAUUGCGACGUCGAUAUGAUAACCGACGAUGACUUUAUUGAGCAUGAUGGGAAUAAUGUCGAUGAAUACCCGCCCGAUCCAAUUCACGUGGAAUUCUUCAUCCAGCACGGUCAAGACUGCGAUGACAUCACCUCUAUUGGCACAGCACUAUCCCAAUGGAACCAAGAGUGCCCUAUUACCAUGCGAUGGGAGAGAUCAAAGCACCACUUUUGGUCUGGAAUACUAUACCUGCACUACUUCAGUGCUCGUUGUCUGCUGCAUCGAGCAAGCUCCCCUCGCAACAGAAAGACGUUGCAGGACACAAAGCAAUCUUAUGGAUCACCAGAUGGGACUGUUCGCGCAGCAAACAUGAUCACCUCGAUCAUCGAAGCCCUUAGCGACGGCCAACAGUUACGUCGCUGUCCUCCAUUCAUCGUCCACAGCCUCUUUUCAGCAAUCGUCAUACACCUACACGUGUCGAACACGCCAUCUCCGUCAAUCAGUAGACUGGCCCACCGACGACUAAGCACUUGCUUAGGAGCCAUAAAAGAUUUGGCACAAGUGUGGGCAGUGGGACGAACAGUGCUGACAAUGAUUGAAAAGAUUUCGGGUCUCGGCAGCGAGGUGAAAUCGUCGCGAUCAAGCCAUGGCUCGCCUCUCAAGGGCGAGGUCUUUGUCGAUAUUGGAUGUGCUGAUGCUUCAGACCCGGCUUGCAGCCCCAGUAAUGGAAGCCCGCUUAAGGAGGUUGAAGAUACUCAAAAGCGUGAAGACUUUCCAAAUUGUGGUGAAACACUGGGUUACCACGACGGAUAUGCUCCAGUAGUCCUAGGCUUCAGUGGAGGGCAUCCCGCCGUCGACCACUAUCCUCCACAGCCCAGCAUCCGUGAUUCCCAAAAGGAAAUUGACUAUAAUAGUCUACUACCCGAUGCAACUAUCCUGACGGGAUUCAUGCCCGACACAUUCUAUAUUGAGGACGUGGCCCAAAUCUGCAACCCGACUACAGACAUACCAGUCGUUACAUGGGAUCAAUUUCAGCUAGGCUGUCAACAAGACUACAGUAUUUCAGUGCCGUGGAGUCUGGAGCUUGACUUCCAAUGCCUAACAGCACCAACAAUAGGUGCAGUUUAUCCAGGAGCAGACUUUAUAUAG